AUGAAGCCGGAAAACAUUAUCCUUGUUGGUGUCAUGCCUGGUCCAAAGGAAGCGAAGAUCAACCAGAUGAACAACUUCUUGGAACCUCUGGUAGAUGAGCUGGUAGAGUUAUACGGUAGCAUAACUAUGAAAACUCCAGAGUUCCCCAAUGGUACUAGUAUCCACGCUGCUCUUAUGUGUGUUGCUUGCGACAUAUCUGCUGCAAGAAAGACUGCUGGAUUUACAGGAUUUGCAAGUACAAACGCCUGUCACAUAUGCAAGCGUCAUUUCACUGUUGUUGCUGGAACAAAGGAAAAUGCAACCGAAGCUGAGAUGUGGUUCUGCGCAGAAUCUGAUGCAGAGAGAGCUAUUUUGGAGAAGCAGCAUGGCACCCAUUUUUCCGAGUUGCAUUGCCUACACUACUUUGAUCCCAUCUGA